GGGCAGGACGGUUUUGUUGUGAGCUAAAAAAUCAAACUUUCUAUCACAACCAAAACAUUUCAUCUGUAUGGUAGUAUUUUCAUCAGUGCGGCGGUUAGAGGGUGACACAAGUCUGUUGUAGAGUGAUGACGUGUCCAUGUAUCUAACCACACCGAUGUGAUGACGUCAGACACGAGAGUGGAGCCACGCAUCACCAUCCAAUGAUGGUUCCAUCAAAGAUGGGGAAAGAAAUCAUUUUUCUUCUUGCCUGUGUGGUCGGCUCGCUAGCAGCGCCACCACCAUCAGAAUAUUGUAAAAAUGACUGUUCUGAACAACCGGACGGAAAUCACGUGCUGUGUAACAAGUGUGAAAAUGGGUACUACUUGUCUUGUACGAACGGCGACGGAAUUGAGAUGCCGUGUGCUCUGGGCGAGUAUCGCACCAAAAACGGCACCAAGUACAACGCACGCCUCAUCUACAACCCUACCAUGGACGCCUGCACGCACAGCAACCAGAUCUGCGACAUGAACAACUUUGGCGUCAGAUCUUGUUUAACCUACGGAUGUGCAUAUCGUAAAGAUGGGGACUACCCACUGUGUGGCGAGCAGUGUUAUAGAGGAUACUACGGACAUUGCGAGAACGGAAACAUGAAUAGAAUGUCAUGUGAACAAAACAGCGAAAUGCCGGAUGUGACUCUGGUAUUCCAGCCCACUAGCAAGAAAUGUGAAAAGUCUACAGAGGUUUGUGAACUCAAUGACCAAGUUUUAUCAAGAAUUAUCUCCCUUAAACCCACUGCAUGCGUGGAUGGAACAAACUGUGUGGGUCGACCUGAUGGUAGCUACGCCCUCUGCGAUGCUUUAGCGUGUCUGGAUGGGAGAUUUGCAAGCUGUAGCGGGGAGAUAUUCUAUGAGAUGGUUUGCGCACUAGGUUGGGAAGGUAACGACCCAACAAGCGGUAAACUAAAGAGGUUGAUAUACAAUCCCGUGACAGAUUCUUGUGAAUAUUCGUCGGAAUCUUGUCCGCCGCUACCCGAAGUAAACAACGUCACCGUAAAGACCAGAGGCGAACCAAAGUACUGUAUUUACAAUUGCGUCGGCCGGGCUAACGGCCCCUAUCCCCUCUGUGGAGAGCAAUGCAAUGGUUACUACGCUACAUGUUCCAACCAGGACCUGUAUAAAAUGGAGUGUCAAUGGGGCCACGUCACUAAUUCCGAAGGCAAACGAAACAUCACCAGGAUGCACUUCGAUCCCUAUACAGAACAGUGCGGACCCACUGUGCAACUAUGCGAUGCACCUCUAUUCGCUAUGUCAGUAGGAGCUGCCAUAAAUUUAGCAGGGAGCAGGCUGACGCCAUCUUGGAUCCUGAUGUGUCUGCUGAUGAAAGUUGGCAGAUUCUUCUACAUUGUCGUCUGAUAAAGUGGAACAGGCUUUUGACUGAACAUGAUUCCCUCCCACUUCACCUGCUAAUGCAGAAGAGAGUUUGGAUUUCUAGGAAAGUUUUUAAGUUCAGCUGGUGUUUAGUAAAAUUCAUGCUUGCAAAGUUGGGGGACUAGUUAGAGGGAGAUUAUUCACGUAUUUUUUUUUGGUUCAAUUUUUUUUCCCAAGUAAAAUUACGUGAGGGAUAUAAGUUGUAUAGGCUUAGAUUUUCUUGAAAUGAUUAGACAUAAUAAUUAAACAGGAGUGUAAUUGUGGUGAUGGCGUGUAUAGGGCUGGUAAGUAGGUCAAUAAACAGUUCUUUUGCUCAUUCAGGUUUUAUUGAACCGUAGAACUGUUUAUUGACCUACUUAGCAGCCCGAUAGGAAUUACACAUGUUAGAAAAAGGCUGUUUGAUAUGGAAUAGAAUAAACGUAGGUGGAAAGUAGGGGGAAAAAAACUUGGGUGGAUAAUUAUAGUUUUAUUUUUUUACGAGUUUGUUAAGUAAAGUAGGAGAGUGGGUAAAGUGUCUUUGCUGACAGUGUUUCUUUCAGACUUUUUCCU